UUCCUCUCUAACUUUGACGCUCCUACUUGUCGCAGAUAUGCUAUGACUGGCCAGCUGACACAGAAAACUGAUGUCUACAGCUUUGGCGUGGUCCUUCUUGAACUUCUGACUGGAAGGAAACCUGUGGAUCAUACAAUGCCUCGGGGGCAGCAAAGUUUAGUCACUUGGGCCACUCCAAGAUUGAGUGAAGAUAAGGUCAAACAGUGCAUAUAUCCUAGGUUGAAGGGAGAAUACCCUCCGAAGGGAGUUGCUAAGCUUGCCGCGGUGGCGGCUCUGUGCGUGCAAUACGAGGCGGAGUUCAGGCCCAACAUGAGCAUCGUCGUCAAGGCACUCACUCCUCUGCUAACACAAAGAGCAGCGACGCCAGCAGCCUCAGAGCCCGUGGCCCCGGUGACCGAGGCCUGAGGCGUUAGACCAUGGGAACCUCUCGGCGCGGACUAGCUCGCGAUAGCAUAUCGGGUGUAAUUGGGAGUGGUCUGGAAAUUUAUUUUGCAGGAUUCUCGGUACAUGAGUUCCCCUGCCAGUCGGUUACUACCCUAGGUUUUUUGCUGCUUGAGGCGCUGUACAUUGGUCUGUUGUAGGUUCAAGGUUGUUUGUUCCUUUUUUUUUCGCAAGUGCACACCAGACCAGAGGUGUUGGAAACUUUGACAUCGCAGUGCAACAUGCUCUGAAAA